AUGUCGCGAAAAAAUGCAGUUCAUUUAAUGCAAGCCAUUGUUAGCAAAUCCUGUAGCUGCCCGGCACAUUCACAUGGCUACAGUUCGGGCACCGACCAACUGGCUGCGGCCAAUCGAACCGGCAAAAUGGAAUAUGCAUUCGAGAUGUCUUCCUCAACGGUGCGUUUUGGUCCAGGUGUUUCAGCAGAGCUUGGUGCCGAUCUUCGCAACUGGGGUGCAAAGUCCGUUUGUUUGGUCACUGACGUGAACGUUGCAAAAUUACCUAGUGUACGCACAGCUUUUGAUUCGCUAAGCCGUCAUGGCAUAGCAUAUGAAGUCUAUGACAAGACUCGCGUUGAACCGACAGACGCAAGUUUAUGGGAUGCUGCGACCUUCGCAAGGGGAAAACAAUUUGAUGCUUUUGUAGCAAUUGGUGGUGGUUCCGUAAUUGAUACUUGCAAAGCAGCUAAUUUAUUCGCUUGUGAUAGGGAGGCGGAAUUUUUGGAUUAUGUGAACAAGCCGAUUGGCAAAGGCAAAGAGAUAAAUGUCGAUUUGAAACCGUUGAUCGCGCUGCCGACCACUUCAGGCACCGGUUCUGAGACUACCGGUGUAGCAAUUUUUGAUUACAAAAAGUUGCAUGCGAAAACUGGGAUCUCCAGUAAACUUUUAAAACCUAAAUUAGGUAUAGAACGAGCUAUCAUCGAUCCUCUGCACACACUGACACAACCCGAGCGUGUCACUGCGUUUUGUGGUUUCGACGUUUUCUGUCACGCACUUGAAAGCUUCACUGCCAUAGAUUAUCGCGAACGUGGCCCCGCACCUACUGACCCUAGCCUACGUCCUCCCUACCAAGGUCGCAAUCCUAUUUCUGAUGUGUGGGCGCGUUUUUCACUGCAAAUAAUACGGGAUCACUUCAUCAAUGCCAUUUACCAGCCAGACAAUGAGAAAGCACGUUCACAAAUGCAUCUCGCCUCUGCUAUGGCUGGUGUGGGCUUUGGUAACGCUGGUGUGCACCUUUGUCACGGGCUGUCUUAUCCAAUCUCCGGCAAUGUUCGUGAUUACCGGCCCGAGGGUUAUGCGGAUACACAUGCAAUUGUACCACACGGUCUAUCGGUGGUCAUAAGUGCACCAGCUGUAUUUCAGUUCACGGCGCCGGCAUGCCCGCAACGGCACUUGGAGGCCGCUCAAAUACUUGGCGCAGACACCAGCAAUGCGAAAUUGGCCGACGCCGGUCGAAUCUUGGCUGACACAGUACGUUCAUUUAUGCAACGCGCUGGUAUUGAGAAUGGACUAAAUGCUUUGGGCUUCAAUAGUGGUGAUAUUCCAGCAUUGGUGGAAGGUACUUUGCCGCAGGAGCGUAUAACUAAACUGGCACCACGCCAGCAGAGCAGGGAGGACUUGGCAAAGCUAUUUGAGAACUCUAUGGAAAUUUACUAG